AGGGAGGAGGACGGGUACAAGUCGGGGGUCGAGGCACCGUUAAAAACUGAAAGCAGGUGCUGGUGAUGUGAUCAAACGUCUGCUCAAACAAGGGUUUUCCUGCUCAAGGGAGAGAGAGAGAGAGAGAGAGAGAGAGGCAGAGAAACGGGGAUAGGGAAAUGAGAGGUAGAGAUGACGCUGAGCAGGGCUCUCGGGAUGGUCUAACUUUGCUGGAGGAAGCCAGGUGACGUCGCUGCAGAUUCAACGGGACAGGCCUGAAGCCUUGACGGCCCUUGUUUGGCGGAUGGACAUUUCUACUGAGGUGUGAGAAGCUGGAUGAAGCGUGUUUAGAGGGACUUUCGGUCUGCUGUUAUGCGAAGACACCAUCCUGGUGCCAACUCAGUCAGAUAGACUUCAUCUCCCCACCGCUGUUAGCAAAGGACUACCUGAACCAUAGAAGGUCCCACGAGAUGCGAGAAGACCCCGGUUGAGGGGUCCUUUCUAGGUAAAGACACGCUCGUGAUGCUAAAGUAAAGUGUUCUUCAAGAAAGACACGUCCUCACCAAUAGACGGUGGCCCCGUUGUCACCCCUCCCCCCCAGAAAGACCUCAAACUCUCUUAUCCAUCAGUGUGCCAUGUGCCGUCCAUCUCCACCGUCUCGGCCUCGCCUUGCGCCUCGCUCAGUCUUUCUCGCGGGACUUCUUCAACUUCUGGUAAUUCGGGGGCCCUCGGAGGUCAGUUGCCAGAAUGACACGGAGCCAAUCGUGUUGGAGGGAAAGUGUCUGGUGGUGUGCGACUCCACCCCCUCCGCGGAGCCGUCGGGUAGCGCCCUGGGCAUGUCGGUGAGGUCAGGAAGCGGCCGGGUGGCCUUUUCAGCCAUCCGAAACACCAACCACGAACCCUCGGAGAUGAGCAACCGCACCAUGACCAUCUACUUCGACCAGAUCCUCGUAAACGUUGGCAGCCAUUUUGAUCCGGCGAGGAGUAUCUUUGUGGCACCUAGAAAAGGAGUCUACAGUUUCAGCUUUCACGUUGUCAAAGUUUACAACCGGCAGACAAUACAAGCCAGUUUGGUUCUCAAUGGCUGGCCAGUGAUUUCCGCCUUCGCCGGCGACCAGGACGUCACCAGAGAGGCCGCCACCAAUGCCGGGCUGGUGACGAUGGAGAGGGGGGACAAGGCUUCCCUCAAACUGGAGAGGGGGAACCUGAGGGGCGGGUGGAAGUACUCCACUUUCUCCGGGUUUCUGGUGUUCCCCUUGUAGGCCAUCAUCUGGGUGGGGGUCGUGCUCUCGUGGUGGUGGUCUGAGGCGUUUUAUUGCAGUUUUUUGCUAUCUGUCGUAAUGAGUCGUCAUUGCUUCCGCCCGUCUGGGUUUGUGAUUUUCUUUCAAUGCAUGAAAUUAAGUGGCAAUAAAUAAACGCAUUGUGUCUAUCAUCUCUGUGCCUCCACUUAUCUGCCUAUUGAACUUGUUAAAACUAUUUCCAUUACCUUGAGAGCUUUGUGGAAAAUAAACCAAAAGUACAUUGUUUCUAUAAAGUUUGCUGGUCAACUAUGGCCAAACUUGUGCUUUUACAAGAUAUAUUUAUCCAUUGAAACCAUAGGCACCAUUUAAAUGUCACUGGACUAGAGUUACAGCACCUUGUGUUUGCAGUGCACAGAAUUGGCAUUGGAUGGUAUGUAUUACGUUAUACAUACAUUACAAUUAUAUAUGUUUGAUGAGGAAAAAAAUUAAGAUACUUAAUGCACAACUAUGAGUUGUAAUGCAGUUGAAAAAUAAAAUGACAUGAGUGAAAGAA